AUGCUCCCCUUGUUACUGCUCGCCGCGCAGGCUUCCGCGUCGUUGUUCCAACGAGACGACCCAGGGUACGCGGGCUUCAACGACCCAAACGCCCAAGGCGGUUCGAUGCUCACGGUCGUCAAUAACACUUACCCGCCCGGCAUGGGCGAGCCGCUCAACGUUAUCGUCUCGGCCAAUAGCGACCCCGCAGUCCUCAAGGAUAGUCUCUACGAUGGCGGGUUCCAGAACUACAUGCUCUCGGUACACCUCUCGACACAGUGUCUUGGCGCACAGUUCGGCGCACCACAACAAGCCAAUCUAGACGGACACACAAACGUAUCCGAGAUUCAGACGCUGCGGUACAACUAUGGCGACCCGUACAUUGGUUCGUGUCGCGAAACCUUUGAUGGCGGACAACAUCUUCGUUACUGGAAGCAGAACGGGACGGGCGCAAUCUUCAUGGCCGUCUCGAUCGAAAUGGAACUGGCAAAGGGACACGAUAUCAUUCGUAACGGGUACAAUGCCGGUCGCGACUUCCUGGUCGGCAACAUCACCAACCUCACCGAGCCGCUUGACGGGCGAAACCUCACCAACACGUCUACGUUUACUGGCAGCACCAUGUUUAGGAAUUACACAUACCAAACCGAUGUGCGGUACGUUAAUGGACUGCUGCGCAACUCGUCGGACGACAUCAACCACUACAUCACUGUCGAGGACGAUGGGCUGCCGGCCAUUGACGGGCUUGUCGCCGUCCUCACUGUCUCGAUUACCGACCGGCCUGAGGGGAGCAUGAACGCCGCGUGCCGGGCGAGCGUUAGUGUCCUUCUCGGUGCCGUGGCGCUGGCCGUCGCGGUGCUUAUGUAG